AUGAAUCCUAAAGAACCAUUAACAAUCCUAUUAAUCUUAUUAAUAAACUCUGUUAUUUUGUUAAUAUUAAAUAUAGUUGCAAUUGCAACAGAUUGGUAUUAUAUUAAAGAUGAAGCUAUUCUGGCUUACUAUAGUCCUUCAGGAAUAAUACCAGCUACAUUUAUUUCAUAUCAUUACAGCUUAUAUGGUGUCAGAAAAGAUAUUGAGUCUCCUGAAUAUACAAUAAAUACUGAAUAUAGUAAAUACACUGAUUUUAAUAACCGUCCACCAUAUAUUCAACAUUUUAUGGCAAUUGGAGUAUUUCAAUACUUUUCACUUUUCUUUGUAGUUGCCCUCAUCGGAUCACUUGUCUUAUCACAUAAAGCUCCGAAAUCUUUGGCACCAUCAGUCUCUGUAAUUUGUAUGGUAUUAAUAACAUCAUUCCAAAUAAUUUCAUUCUUCUUAGAAGUUAGUCUACCAAUAGCUUUUCGAAAAGAAAAUAAUUGUUUCUUAUAUUGGUGCAGUAAACUUGCUAGUACUGAUGAAAGAUCCCAAUGGGGACCUAGAGCUGGAUUCUUUGCCUGUGUUGUUCUUUUAUUCUUUUGUAUAAUCGGUGUCAUUCUUGAAAUGAAAGAGAAACCACCUGUCAUACCAAUGGUAAACAUUCCACAAGUUAACUACCAGCCAUGUGAACCAAUCCAACCACCAUUGUUGUUCCCUGCAGAUUUGGAUUUGGAUCCAAGAGCUUUGUAUGUAGUGGUACCUAUUACAUCACCUGUAGUUGGCUCCAAUGGUGAUGUUACUCAAUAUAUUCAACAAAAUAUAUUCCAAAAAUAUGAUCCAUCAAACCCAGAUAGACAGGUAGUUUUAACAGGUGCUCAACAAACUCCCCCCUCUGGCCUAAUAAUACCAACAAAUAUUGAAAUUAAUCCAAAACUUUGGUAUCAAAUGGCACAAAAUCAAAUUCCAGUAAUUGAUCCAAGUGGUAUUCCAACUCACUUUGUAACUCAAUUUGUUUUACAAGUGACCAAUGUACCAUCUAAAUAA